GUUUAUGACGUCCCGUACCUUGUAGCGUGCACGCUGUCACCCUGACGGACAGACAAAUUGCCGUAUAAUACAAGGAGAAUUUAUGCAGGAGACCCCGCCCACUGUCAGUUCAUCCUGCUGGUGAUUGACUCCAGCAGAUGUGAGGCUUGCGUCGCUAAGCGAGGAGAAGACGUUACCGCAGGCAUGCCACUGGCGCGCAGUUUGUCGGUCACCUCCCUGUCUGGCUUGGAGGAUUGGGACGAAGAGUUUGAUCGGGAGGAUGCAGUCCUGUUCGAGAUCGCAUGGGAGGUCGCUAAUAAAGUUGGUGGCAUUUACACGGUGAUCCAGACCAAGGCGCGCCUGACCUGCGAGGAAUGGGGUGAGAACUACUUUCUGGUGGGCCCGUAUAUGGAGUCCAGUGUCAGGACACAAGUGGAGCUGAUCGAACCCUGCAAUGCGACACUCAGGAGAACCAUUGAUAAAAUGAACAGCAGUGGGUGCAAGGUAUAUUUUGGUCGAUGGCUGAUUGAAGGAUCUCCAUAUGUGAUUCUGCUCGAUGUGGCCUUCACAGCCUGGUCUCUGGACCGCUGGAAGAGUGAAUUGUGGGAGAAUUGCAGUAUUGGUGUUCCCUGGUUCGACAGAGAAGCUAACGAUGCUGUUCUCUUUGGCUUCCUCACUGCAUGGCUACUGGGAGAGUUUGCAGCUCAGUGUGACGAAACUCCUCACAUCGUAGCACAUUUUCACGAGUGGCUGGCGGGUUUAGGACUCGUCUUAUGCAGGCAGCGCCAGUUACCUGUAGCAACCAUCUUCACCACACACGCCACGCUCCUCGGCCGCUACCUGUGUGCCGGGAACGUGGACUUCUACAACAAACUCUCUGAGUUCAAUGUGGAUAAAGAGGCCGGUGACAGGCAGAUCUAUCAUCGGUACUGUCUGGAGCGUGCAGCCGCCCGCUGUGCACACGUCUUCACCACUGUCUCUCAGAUCACCGCCAUUGAAGCAGAGCACUUACUAAAGCGGAAACCAGAUAUCGUGACUCCAAAUGGCCUGAAUGUGAAGAAGUUCUCAGCCAUGCACGAGUUCCAGAACCUCCACGCUCAGAGUAAAGCACGCAUCCAGGAGUUUGUCAGAGGCCAUUUCUACGGGCAUUUAGAUUUUAACCUUGACAAGACAGUGUUUCUCUUCAUUGCUGGACGCUAUGAAUUCUCAAACAAAGGAGCUGAUAUUUUUCUUGAAGCAUUGGCUAGACUUAAUUACCUGUUGAGGGUGAAUCACAGUGAAGUGACCAUAAUAGCGUUCUUCAUCAUGCCUGCUCGUACCAACAACUUCAACGUGGAGACCCUGAAGGGCCAAGCCGUACGGAAACAGCUCUGGGACACUGCACAUACUGUGAAGGAGCACUUUGGGAAGAAACUCUACGAAUCACUUUUAGUAGGGCAGCUGCCUGAUGUGUCUAAGAUGUUAGAUAAAGAGGACUUCACCAUGAUGAAACGUGCCAUCUUCGCCACCCAGCGCCAGUGCCUGCCCCCCAUCUGCUCUCACAACAUGCUGGAGGACAGCAGUGACCCCAUCCUCAACUGCAUCCGCCGUAUCGGCCUCUUUAACAGUGCUCAGGACAGAGUCAAGGUGAUCUUCCAUCCAGAGUUUCUCUCCUCAACUUCUCCUCUCCUGCCAAUGGACUAUGAGGAGUUUGUGAGAGGCUGCCAUCUUGGAGUAUUUCCAUCCUACUAUGAGCCCUGGGGAUACACACCAGCUGAGUGUACAGUGAUGGGCAUCCCAUCAGUCUCCACUAACUUGUCUGGGUUUGGCUGUUUCAUGGAGGAGCACAUUGCCGACCCAUCAGCUUACGGUAUCUAUAUUCUGGAUCGGCGGUACCGUGGGGUGGAUGAGUCCUGCCAUCAGCUGACCUCCUUCCUGUUUCAGUUCUGUCAGCAGAGCCGCAGGCAGAGGAUCAUUCAGAGGAACCGAACAGAGCGCCUCAGUGACUUGCUAGAUUGGAGAUAUUUGGGCAGGUAUUAUGUUUCUGCCCGCCAUAUGGCUUUAGCGAAAGCUUUCCCGGACACCUACAUCUAUGAACCUCAAGAACCCACUUCCGCCACAGGCUUCCGUUACCCGCGGCCCGCCUCAGUUCCCCCAUCUCCUGCCCACUCGCUUCACUCGUCUCCUCAUCACAGUGAGGCUGAGGAAGAAGAGGAACCAUAUGAUGAAGAUCUGGAGGCGGAGAAAGAUCGGGUCAACAUCCGCCAACCGUUAAACAUGCCGAACCGGAACAAGAAUCAGACAGCUGGUCUUCCUGAGAAAAACUAAAACGCACCCAUACAUACACACACACACACUGAUUAUACUGUAAGGCACUUAUAUACACAGUGACAAACACACUUUACACACAUAAUAACACUCCCCUGUAAGUGAACGUAACGCCUGCAAAUAGUAUGUCUGCAUGUUGGUUUUCUGAAGAGAAAUAAAUAAGAUAUUUAAGUAUGUGGUGAGCCAAAGUAUGUGAUUUUUAAGACUUUCUUUUGAAAGAAAGUGUCUUUCGUAUGAAGCCAACAGAGGGCAAAGGAUUCAAUUGCAGCAAGAGUUAUUCAUAUGACAAUUUAUAUGAAUUCAUAUGAACUUGACAUCCAGCUAUGUGCCAGUGAUUCAAAUGGCCACUGUUAAAAGUGAGACAAUAAAAAUAAUUGUUACAAACAUUUAUUUUAAAGAGAACUUUAUUAGAAACUCUUUACAAGAGUAGUUAAAAAAAUAUAUAUGCACUUUCCCAAAGGUGUAUGACUUUCUUCCUUCCGUGGAACACAGAAGAAGAGGUUGUGAAGAAUGUUCAUGUUAUACAAAAUAAACACAGAGGGUGACCAGCGGCUGUCAAGGGCAAAAAACGAAAAAUAUCAUACAAAUAAUCCUUACGACUCGCACUUGAAGUCUUUAAAUGUCAUACAAUAUCUUUGUAUAAAGUACAGACCCAUAUUUAAGAUGGUUCUAACUUUAAAUAAUGGUUCGACAGUCAUACUCAUUAUUCAUUUUCAUUUUGCUUAUUUCAAAGAGCUAAACUUUUCCCUUUGUGUUUCACGAAAGCAAAAUAUUCUUAAAUCUUUUAAAAUACUUUAGAUUGAGUAAAUGACAGAAUAUACAGUUUUCUGAAAACGGCAGGUUUCCCUUAACAGUAUUAUGUAAUGUCACAAACAUAGUGACUAUCCAGCAAUUUUCCAGGGUUAUAAAAAAAAAAAAAAAAACUGGUUAAAUGCCAAGCAAGUGAUGUAGGUAAAGCUAACCAGCCAAAUGCAUACACUGGAACAUCAUUAGUACUGUAAUACAAAUAUACAGCAACACUGUUAGAGUGUGUCAUGUCUGUCACGGCUGUAAAACUGAAAUUAAAAUAUACUACAUUAUUA